CAACUGGUACUGCAGUCGCGGAUGUAGCCCGGGCAUUGAAUCCUUUCAAGUACUUUUAAGAAGCACGGUUUUUGCCUGGAGAUGUUACCUGUCACAUUCACUGGAUUCAACCAUUUGUUGCAGUUUCAUUUUUGACAAGGUGAGGCGGAAGCGACGAAUCAACCUGCUCCAUGUUUCCCGUUUUGCUCCUAUCACCUGAAACCAGCCUCAUCAGUGCUUUUCAACAUGGGCGAUAAAUCCACACAGUGACUGCUGGAGCUGAUGAAAUGGACCCGAGCUGAUGCCCCUCUAAGUCCCAGUCUGCCCUCACUUUGCCCUGCUGGUCACGGGUUAGGAGAUGGCAGCGUGUCCGGAUGUGCUGCUAGCCGUGCCUGGAGUUGUGGUCAGGAGUGUUUUACUGCUGAUACUGAGCAGUAAUCCUGUGUGGGGGAAUUCUACUACUAUAGCUCCAAGUAGCACCCCUUCUACUGCUAGCCUCGACAUUGCAGCUAUCGUCGCCCCUACGGUCACACUGGGUGUUCUGGCGAUAGUCCUGGCUGUUCUCGCCUGGCUCCUCUGUGUGGUGAAAAAGAGGAGACAGACUGAAGGGACAUAUAGACCCAGUGCUGAGGAACAGUCUGGUGCACGUGGCGUGGCGGCACCAGAUGCACUAAAGUUACCAAAGGAAGAAAGACUCAUUUGAGAGUCUGUGCUUUAUGUUUGUACGAAAUCCUGUGAGGACGCGGUGUGACGGGGCUCUCUCCCCUGAGCAGACCAAUGAGGAGAAACAUUUUUCUCCGAGUGUAAGAGAGGACAGAUUGCCAAGUUUGAGGUGCAGGAACAUGAUGCAUUUACUUCCCCCUUUCAUUUCCACAAGCACUGGAUGGUUUCUGCACGGCACUACAAAGGAAUGCAAAGAAAUGCACCUGGAUGUUUGGAUCGAGCUGAUUUUAAGAACAAUUGAACAUUUCAAGGAGGUUUUGAACAUUUCUGCACAAAAACAAGCUUCAGUAUUUUAUCACCACUAAUAAUUUUAGUUUAGAGAUGUUUUAUUGGUUCAGCUGCCUUAAAAUACCAUUUUGCAUGUACCUGUACUUGAUUUGAUUCAGUCUUUUUCUUCAGUCACUGGAAAAAAUAGAUACCAAUCGUUUACUUUCAGCUCUUUUUUUUGGUACUUAGAAUCCUGAUGAGUCCGCUGCAUUUUAAAUUAAAACCGAUGUUUUUAGCUUGAUGAUGAGUGUAAUUAAACAUCCUAUAACGGUGCAAAAGCAUGUAUGAAGACAGCUGUGAUGUUAUUCUGAGAAAGGGAGAAAGAGAGCAAUUGUUUACACUUCAAGUAUCGCGUAAGUACUGAAAGUGAGUUGAUAUAUUAUUUAAAGAUCAUUUCCUCAGAUCAAUCAUGCACUGCAUAUUGCAUCAUAAUCAAGCAGAUGUUUAACACUGUUGCAUGUCUAUUUAUGCUUUUGUCAAAUAAAUGUUUGUAAAAUAGUUGAAUAAUUAAACUUCACAAAGCAUU